GGUGGGUUCAGAAAACGAAAGCAUGACAAUUUUCCACAUGGUCAAAGAAGAGAGGAAAAAGAGAAUGUUAAUCCAUCUUCAGCUUUGAUGACCUCUUUUAAAUCUUUCCAGCUAGAGCUUGACACCAGGCAUGACAAAUAUGAACGGCUUGUGAAGCUCAGUCGUGAUAUAACUAUCGAAAGCAAAAGAACAAUAUUUCUGCUCCACAGGUUUAUUAGUGCUCCCAAUGGGGAAGAAAUUCUAAAUGAAUCUGAAGUCAAGCUGGAUGCUGUCCGAUGGAAGAUAAAGCAGGUUGCACAAGAACUGAUUGGAGAAGACAUGUAUCAGUUCCACAGAGCUAUAUCUCCAGGACUUCAAGAAUAUGUUGAGGCUGUCUCAUUUCAGUAUUUUAUCAAAACACGAUCUUUGAUUAGUGUUGAAGAGAUUAACAAACAACUCAUAUUUACAGCAGAAGACAGAGAAGAAACAACAAACAUGACAUCCAAUUCCCAUGAUAAGCAACCACAUACUUGGAGCCUGAAGGUAACACCUGUAGAUUACCUGCUGGGAGUGGCUGAUCUAACUGGAGAGCUGAUGAGGCUCUGCAUCAGCAGCGUUGGAAAUGGUGACAUAGACACACCUUUUGAACUGAGCCAGUUCUUGCGUCAGAUUUAUGAUGGGUUUACUUUCAUUGGCAACACUGGACCUUAUGAAGUAUCUAAGAAGCUGUAUACUUUGAAACAGAGUCUGGCAAAAGUGGAAAAUGCCUGCUACACAUUAAAAGUCCGGGGAUCUGAAAUCCCAAAGCACAUGCUGGCUGAUGUGUUCUCCACCAAAACAGAAUUGAUUGACCAAGAGGAAGGUCUUCCUUAAAAUAAGGAGGCAGUUGCAACUCAGAAGGGAAGAGGACUUAGAGAAAGCUUUUUAGUUAGGUUGUAUGGGGUUUUGACCCUUCUCAAAGUUUUUUAGAUAGAGUCAUUUUUAGUUUUAUCAAUGAGAAGACUGCUGUGGUAAUUUGUAACCAAAAAUACUUUUUAUGAUGUGCAAAAGAACAAAUAUUUGACUUUGGCCUCUUGUUAUGGAAUUUUCUGUAUUGCUCCCUUGUAUCUUCUUCCAGAAUGACCAAAAUUUCCACUUCACUCUACUCCAGUCACUAUCAGUUGUGUGAGUCACCUCAAACUGUUGUGGUUGUUGGUACCAGUUUUCAGUGAGCACAGCAGUGGAAAAAAAUGGUUAGGUGCUCUUGUUUAGCAUUAUCCCUAGACUUCUGCUGACCCAUUUUCUACGCAUUUGGGUUCU